AUGACUUCCUCCUCCUCCUCCUCCGCCGCAGCUUCAGGCUCGCAAAAGAAGCACAAAGUCGCUAUUGUCGGUUCGGGCAACUGGGGUUCCGCUAUCGCCCGUAUUGCAGGUCAAAACACUCAACGACACUCUGACAUCUUCGAAUCCGAAGUUCAGAUGUACGUCUUUGAAGAAGAUUACAACGGCAAACUUCUCUCCAAGGUUAUUAACGAGACUCAUGAGAACCCGAAAUACUUGCCCGGAUGCAAGUUGCCCGAGAAUGUCAUUGCCAACCCUUCCCCCAUUGAUGCGGUAAAAGGCGCUACGAUGCUGGUGUUUGUCCUGCCACACCAGUUUAUUCGGCGAGUGUGCAAGCAGUUGCAAGGUAAAAUUUCGCCAGAUGCGCAUGCGAUCUCGAUGAUCAAAGGUGUAGAGGUGAAGGAUGGGAAGAUUUCGAUCUUUUCAGAUGUGAUUCAGGAGGCGUUGGGUGUGUCAUGCUCUGCGUUGUCCGGUGCGAACAUUGCGAACGAGGUAGCGCAGGAUAAGUUCUCGGAAACGACGAUUGGACACCGUGCUGAUGCCAAGGGUAGGGAGAACGCUGAUUUGUUCUUCAAGCUUUUCGAUACGCCUACGUUCAAAGUGGGAAUCAUUGAGGAUGUGGCAGGUGUCAGUCUUUGUGGUGCGUUGAAGAAUAUCGUUGCUAUUGCAGCUGGGUUUACGGAUGGUCUGGGUUGGGGUGAUAAUGCGAAAGCUGCAGUGAUGAGGAUCGGGUUGAUGGAGAUGAAGAGGUUCAGUGAGGAGUUCUUUGAAGGGAUCAAGCCAGAGACGUUCACGGAGACUUCAGCUGGUGUUGCGGAUUUGAUCACCACUUGUUUGGGUGGAAGGAAUCGCAAGUGCGCCGAGGCGUUCGUCAAGACGGGCAAGCCAUUCGAUCAGCUCGAGAAGGAAUUGCUUAAUGGUCAGAAGCUUCAGGGUACCGAGACAGCGCGCGAGGUGCACGAGUUGCUGGCGGCAAGAGGCAAGGUCGACGACUACCCGCUUUUCAAGGCUGUCUACUCGAUCGCUUAUGAGGGUAUCGAUGCUCAGGACCUUACGAGCCGUCUUUGA